CUGAUACUCUCCAUUAUGACAUCAAGGCCCAACCAGACAGAAGUGACAGAGUUUGUUCUGCAAGGGUUCUCAGAGCACCCUAGUCUAAGACUGUUCUUGACAGGCUGCUUCCUGUCCCUCUAUACAAUGGCUCUAAUGGGCAACAUUUUGAUCAUUGCUUUGGUCACCUUCAGUGCUGGGCUCCACAACCCCAUGUACUUUUUCCUGUGCAACCUGGCCACCAUGGAUAUUAUCUGCACCUCCUCUGUGCUUCCCAAGGCACUGGUUGGUCUAUUGUUGGAGGAAAGCACCAUUUCCUUCAAGGGGCGCAUGGCCCAGCUCUUCUUCCUUGUGUGGUCCUUGUGUUCAGAGCUGCUGCUGCUGACAGUCAUGGCCUAUGACUGCUCUGUGGACAUCUGCUUUCUCCUCCACUACAGCUCUAGGAUGAGACCACAGCUAUGUGGGGCCCUGUCCAUGGAGGUAUGGUCCAUUUGUGCUCUGAAUGCAUCUGUCAACACUGGUCUGAUGACACAACUGUCAUUCUGUGGCCCCAAGGUUAUCACCCCCUUCUUCUGUGAGAUUCCUCCACUCCUGCUCUCCUGUAGCCCCACAUAUGUAAACAGCAUUAUUACUCUAAUGGCAGAUGUCUUUUACGGAGGCAUCAACUUCAUGCUAACCCUGUUAUCUUAUGGCUACAUCAUUGUCAGUAUCCUGCGCAUGGGUUCUGCUGAGGGCAAGAGGAAGGCCUUUUCUACCUGCUCAUCCCACGUCAUCGUGGUCUCUGUGUACUACUCAUCUGUGUUCUGUGCCUAUGUCAGUCCUGCUUCCAGCUACAGCCCAGAAAGAAGCAAAUCUACCACGCUGCUAUACUCACUUCUCAACACAACCCUGAAACCUCUCAUCUACACACUGAGGAAAAAGGAUGUCAAGCUAGCCCUGGGCAUGCUCUUACCCUCUUUCUCACACUAA